AUGACUAACUCAAUGUUUAUCAAUGUUACUUCCUUGGCUAUGAUAUGCUUGGUUUUGGGUAUUCCCUUAGCCAAUGCUGCCCAAACAUGUGAUGAAAUAAAAACCUCCCUAUCACCAUGCCUUGGGUACCUUAGGCACCAAGAACCAACUGUCCCUGUAAUAUGUUGCAAUGGUGUUAGAACUGUUACUGACCAGGCCAAAACCGUUCCUGAACGUAAAGAUGGUUGUGAGUGCAUAAAAUCGUCUUUAACCAACAUACCUGGACUCGAUGUUGGUGCCGCUCAGGGUGUCCUUAACAACUGUGGUGUCAAACCGUCUUUUCCAAUUGGUGCCGACGUCGACUGUAGCAAGAUAACAGUUGAGCUCUGA